CUACAAUAAAUGUCUGCCCUUUUAGUACCAGGAAGUUUACAUUUUUUGCCACAGUGUGCAGGAUGAAGCUAAAGCUUAGCUGCUGUUCUUCAAAAGAGCAUCAUGGGUAACACAGAGAGUGUAGUGGUGCAAAAGCGCCUGGCCCGCUUCCGCCCCGAGGAGCGGCCUGUGGUGGAGGGGGUCUUCGACAGGCUCCAAAGCGGUGCUGAGGGCCCUUCAGAAGCCCCGGGGAAAACACCAGCAGGGAAGACGCUAACGCUUGAGAUGCUGCAGUCCUCAAUGGGCAGCCUGGCACCAGACUCCAUGGUGAGGAGGAUCUACCGUUGCAUGUGUACUAUCGACCCUGGACUGGCAGCACCCGCAGCUUCUGGGAAGACCAGCACCUUGGCUGCCUCUGGAGUAGUUCGAGAGCAAUUGGUCAUCUUCCUAGCAGACACGCUGCGAGGCACUGCAGAGGAACGGGCUCCUCUCAUCAUGGCUAUGUGUCAGCGUGGGGCAGGGGCAGCAGUGGUUGUCACAUGUGAGCAGGUAGCAGAGUUCCUCCAGGACCUGAUUUCUGCUGUAGUUCAGAUCCUGGUCCACAGAGGGCGCCUGCAGGCCUGGAAGCCAGAGCGAAUGGGUGAUGGCUCCCUAGGUGUCAAACUCCUGGCAGAGCACAUGUGUUCUGAACUCAAACCCUCAGAUCAAGGAUGUUAUGAUGUUUCCUGUCUGGAGGACUGGAUCUUCAGGGUCUCCCAGGUAUCAUUGUACCUGGAGAUCCUGGUAGCUGAGGGCCUAAACGUGUCCCUGAGCGGCCGGCCGGCCCCCACCCUGCUGCCCCCCUGCAUCGGGACGCCCUGGAAAGAGCUGAGGAGUCUGCUGGACCUUUCCACCCUUAUGUUUCUGGCACCACAGUUGCCAGACCGCUACAGCGCCCCCUGGAGACUUGUGUUUUCCACGCGGCUGCAUGGGGAGAGCUUCACCAGGAUGGCAGCCGGUCUGACGGCGGUCUAUGGGCCCACCCUGCUGCUCAUCAAAGACACAAAGGGGCAUGUUUUUGGGGGCUUCGCCUCCCACGCCUGGGAGGUCAAACCUCAGUUCCAGGGUGACUCCAGAUGCUUCCUGUUCUCUGUGUUCCCCAGACUGAGAGUUUUUACAGCAACAGGAUACAACCAGCACUUCAUGUACUUUAACCAGAAUCAGCAGACCAUGCCCAACGGACUGGGUAUGGGCGGUCAGCAAUACUACUUCGGCCUGUGGCUGGACAGUGAUUUUGGUCGUGGUCAUAGCCGUGCACGGCCCAAGUGCACCACCUACGGCAGCCCACAGCUUUCUGGAGAGGAGGACUUCACCCUGGACUCAAUGGAAGUGUGGGCGGUUGGAAAACCCCCAGAACCAGAGGAGGGCGAGGAGGGGAAGGGCAAGAAGAGUAUCCUGGAUAUGGAUCCAGAGGUCCAGGCCAUGAUGGAGAUGGCAGGGAAGACUCUACACAGCCAGGGCCUCAGGGAGCCGGAGGAAGACUAGGAGCAGAGAGGGGCAACAAAACCAAAACAAUCUUAACUUAUCUAGACUCCCGUUCCACCUGGUACUGACACAAGUUGGGAUUUUAUCAUCUCACAUAGCUGGACAAUAUUUAUUACACCUGACUUUAAGACAUGUCUCCUGUAUACAAAUUUGAUUUCUCUUUCCCUGCCUUUCACCCUUCAACAGACAAAAUGCAGCUGCUGUUAAAUAUGGUGUUGGCUAGUGAAGAUGUCAUCACAACAUAAACCAGGCUAACAAGGCCUAACUAGGUCUAAAGGCAGCUUAUAAGUGGUCUGUAAAGCCUGGUCUGACCCAUUCACACACAACUGAAAGCUACGAGUGUGCAGGCUUCAAGCCAGCUUUCAUCAUGAGUGUGAAAGGGACCAAUAUGUCAUGGCUGUGUUCACUCUUAUUUCCUCCAAGCUGCACUGGUGUUUGACAGAAGCUAACAAAUAUACGAGAGAUACCACAGAAAAAAAUUAUCAGAUAAGGGGCAGUGGAAGCAGUUUGUUUCUCAGCAGUUGCCUCAGUCAACCAGAAUGACAAGGCAUCCACAUCAUCUCUAUUGAAACCAAAGUGAGCACAACAGAACAGCAAGUUACACCAUUUAUAGUUAUGUAUAACAGUAAAAGAAUACAUAGAAAUAUCCUAAAGGGUCUUAGUUCAAAGGAGGUAAGGAUCAUCUCAAAGGAGACAUAUCAUUGUCUCAUACUGUCUGUCUGAAUACACUUGUAUUCACCCUCAGAGAGAAACACUCCGUUUUAGUGCUUGUCUUGAAAAAGCCCAGUCUGCUCGGGGGAGUGGGGGGGUGCGCUAAUGUGGGCUGAUUAGAUCAUUUUCUGAUCUAAUCAGCCCACAUAAAACACACUGGGUUGUCUUAUUUCACAAGUUGUGGGUUUGUAGACACUCCAGAUACCCAGAUGUAUGUCCAGCACUGGAGAAAGUGAGUUUUUCAUGAUAUGUCCCCUUCAAGGCCAUUUUAAGAAAAGCCUAAUUGUGAGUUGCUGUGUGACUGAUUAUUUUAUUGCUGCAAUAUUGACAAACCUUCAGGUUUAGAAGACCAAUUGUGACAUACACAAGCUUGUUAGUCAUUCUCUAUCUACUGUACUAGUUCACAGUCUGAGCCGUUCUAUGUAUAUGUGAACAUGUGACUAAUGAGAUCAUUCAUAAGUUGUUUAACCAUCUGAGAAGUUAAGGAGUUUUUCAGGGAAUUUCUCGAGUACAAGACUUGAGAUUGCCUGUUUAUUCAAAUACCAGUGAUCCUAAAUACUUUGACCCUCCUCAAACUGACAGCUUUGGAUAAGCUUCAUGAAUACAAGAAACUUUCUUCUAACUACCCAUUUUUACAGACUGCAUACACUACUGGAUUGUUUAUUUAUUUAAAUUUUUUUGUUCAAGGUGUGUUGCUUGUUCACCCACUUUAUGACCCAGACAUUAGAUGAGAGGUUGGACUGAUCUGCCCAUUAUGGCAUUAUGGCGUUUUUCUGGAGCAAAUCUACAACAUGGAGCAAAAUGUACAACAGUGUAAAGAAAAAUAGAGGAAUGCCUGUAUAUAUGUAUCAUUAUAAUAGACCUGUAUUGUCCAUGCAGA